AGGAGGCCGCCUUCAUUCGCCUGCUUGCCGGUCCGCCCCGGACGAGGAGGAGGAGGAGGCGCUGGCGGCAGCUAGACUGCUGGAGGAAGCGGCUUCUCCGGGCUCGGCUUCCCCACCGGCCGGCCUGCAAGUCAGCUGCGCCCCCGGCCCCCCAGCCCAGGCAGCUCAGGCCUGUGGGAAGGAAGGAAGGAAGGAAGGAUGGUCCACAUCAGGGACCUGCCGGAAGACAUCCUCCUGGACCUGCUCUCUCUGGUGCCCGGCCGGGACCUGAUCCGCAACUGCCGGCUCGUUUGCUCGCAGUGGCGAGACCUGGUGGAUGUGGGCACGCUGUGGAAGCGGAAGUGCCAGCUGGAGGGCUACCUCCCACGGGGCCAGGACAGGAGCGUCCCGGACUGGAGGGUUUUCUACUUCCUCUGCCUGCUGAAGAGGAACUUACUCAAAAACCACAUUGCUGAAGCCGGUUUUGACCACUGGAAGCUUGACUCCAACGGAGGAGAUCGGUGGAAAGUUGAAGAUCUGCCUGGAGCUCACGGGAGAGAACUUCCCCAUCCACACGUUCGGAAAUACUUCGUCACAUCUUACGGGCUCUGCACGAAGCACCAGAUCAUCGACUUAAAGAAGGAAGGCUACUGGGCAGAGCUGAUGGACGAGUCCAAGCCGGAUAUCGUGGUGAAGGACUGGUACGCUGCCAGGUUUGAUUGCGGCUGCCAAUACAAGCUGAACGUCCGCCUGCUCUCUGCAGACUUCAUCGUCCUGGAAGAGUUUGAUCCUGAAUGUGUGGUGAUAGAGCAGUGGAGCGAUGCGGAAUGGCGCGAGAUGACGCACACUUUUCACAACUACCCUUCUGGGGUCCGCUACAUCUAUUUUCAACACGGAGGCCAAGAUACUCAGUUCUGGUCAGGCUGGUAUGGCGUCCGCGUCACCAACAGCAGUAUCACCAUUGGCCCAGAGGUGGCCUCGUGAGGAGGGAAAAAGACAGCACCCUGCCAAGGGGGUUGGGGGUGGCUUGGAUCGAGCCCCCUCGGGCAGCGCCUUCUGAUCUCUCGUGCAAUGGGUGGGCGAAGCCUUCUCCCCCCACCCCUUUUCAGUUCGCACCCUGGUUGCCUUUCCGACAGCCUCCGCUUUCUCUGGAGUUGGCAGUUGGCCUCCUCCAGUCUUGAUCGGCGCACCCACUGGCUCUGAAACCCAACCAGUGCUUAACUUUUGGGCUUGUGGAACAGAGCCAAGGAGGGAGGGAAGGGGAGGGCACUGAGCUCGUUUCUGGGAGCAAAAGGGUGGAAACAUCGGAGAGAGGGAGAGAGUUUUAGCCCGGCUGGCUCUCCUUUCAAAGGCGGCUGGCAGACAAAACCACUGGGGAAAGCUUUUUCCGGUCAUGGCUGCAAAAAAAAUCAGUCUGCCGGUAAAGGCACGAGAACUCUGCCACGGCGGGGUCAGGGAGAGACAGAGGGAGAAAAUAACCCUGUUGCCGAGAGAGCUGGUUGCGAUUACUGUGAGUUCUUCCCUGUGUUGGGCCUAGGGGUCAGUGCAUCCUCUUCCUUCCCCACCCCACUCCACGGUAGUCAUUGGUGUGUCUUUUCGCACUUGGUGACCACUGUCUUCCUCGUUUUUAUUCUUUGGACAAGGAGCAAAGUUCGGCAUCCUAAAAAAAAAAAUUGCCUCCUGUCCUCUCUUUGGGAUGAGCCGCCCUGAGCCUUCGGGGAUAAAUGUAAGGAUAAAAUAAAAAUAUAUAAAUAAAAAUGUGGAGGUGGCGCCCCCUUCAUGCAGCGUUUUGUACCAGGGUCUAAAUAAAUUCAUGAUUAAAGAAUUCGUCUCU